CUAAAUGUCAUUCUGUCACUUUUGUAUUGUCCUUCCAUCUUAUUUUCUGUAAUUUCAAUUGUGAAGUGUUUUGAAAUUUUGAUAUUUUCAUCAACAUUCAUAAGUAAGAAAAAAAUGGACGAAUCAAUGGAAUCCCUCGCUCAACCUGAUCUGGGAUUCCCUGACCCACAACCCGCUCAGCCGAUGGAAACUGCACCAGCAGCUAUGACUCCAUCAUCUGGUCCUCAAGCCGGCAGACACGAGGAGUUUUCUGUUGAGAAGGUCCUGGAUCGUAGGAUGAAGAAUGGCAAAGUGGAAUACUUGCUCAAGUGGAAGGGUUAUUCUGAUGAUGACAACACAUGGGAGCCUGAGGACAAUUUAGACUGCCCUGAACUCAUAUCUGCUUAUGAAGAGGCUCGUAUGAAGAGAGAAAAGGAAGCUGCCGCCGCUGCUGCGGCCGCUGCAGCUGCUGCAGCAGCGGCGGCGGCGGCUGCGGCCGCGGCCCCAGUCCCAACUCCAGACCCUAUAGAAGAGAACUUGGCUAGCCGUAAGAGAAGUAGAAGAGCAGAUAAGAAAAAGAAGAAUGAGGUUAUACAAGAGAUUGAGAAGCCACGGGGUCUUGCGCGCGGUCUUGUGCCAGAGAAAAUUCUAGCUGGACAACUGUUCCAUGGGACAUUGUACUUUUUGGUCAAAUGGCACGGCUGUACAGAUUUCGAUGUGGUACUGGGUCAUGAUUUGGGUGAAGCCUACCCAGAGUUUGUUAUCAACUACUACGAGGCGUGCGCACCAUUCAGUGUGAGACACAAGGUUGGCAAGAUUAUGAGAAUAGCUCCAGAGUUGCCUUCAGAAGUUCCGUCAACAGCAGAGCCAAUGGAUGUCCCCGGAGAAUUAGCAGCUACACCUACAGAAACACCUCAAGAAACUUCCCAAGAAGUGCCAACAGAGGGCGCGUCCCAGCCUCUAGAAGUACCAGUCAACUGACCAUCGUUUUACAAUGCUAGUAAUAGCGAUUACUAACUGAGAUGGACGUGCAAGUGAACAAUAUUACAUAAUAUCAUUUUAAAUAUAUUUGUAGUGAUAAGUUUAAUAAGUGAUACUAAGAAAAUAUUGAGUCAUAAUCUCAAUUUUAAAU